AUGACUCCGUUUAAGUAUAUCUUCGCAUUCUUGUCCCUGGCGCUCAUCGCUCUUGCAACCCCGAUUGCAGAGAAAGCCGAGGUCUUGUCCGAUCUACAGUCCGACGGUUACAAUACUACCCUUUCAUCGCUUGCUCCUCGCAACAAGGAUGGUGUUCAUUGUUGCAAAGACAACGGCAGAGGCUGGAAAUACGCACCCGUUAAGAAUUUUGAUAGGGCGCGGAACGAUUUAUUUUUUACGCCUAAUCUCAAAAUCAAAAUUGGACCAAGGGGUUGUGGUGCGACGUUCGGCGGCUGCGACGCAGGUACCGUUGUCGAAAUCUGCAAUGAUAAUAAUUAUGCCAUCUCCCCGGACGCCAAAUACCUUUAUAGUUACACAGUCGACAUCGUCCGGCAAUGCACCAUGACUAUAGGUGGAGUUCCCCAAGUUUGUGGGCAGAAUUUCGACACGGACAAAUACAAUAUUAUUAUGCGGGGAUGCUAG